CAACGGCGCCCUGACGGGGAGGAGCGGAGCGGAGGCCGCUGCCGGCCCCGGCCCAUAGCGCUCCCUGCCCGGCCCCGCCAUGCCGCUCUUCACCACCAACCCCUUCGACCAGGACGUGGAAAAAGCCACCAGUGAGAUGAACACUGCAGAGGAUUGGGGCCUCAUCCUAGACAUUUGUGAUAAAGUUGGACAGUCACGCACAGGGCCUAAGGAUUGUCUUCGGUCUAUUAUGAAGAGAGUGAACCAUAAGGAUCCUCAUGUUGCUAUGCAGGCACUGACACUUCUAGGAGCAUGUGUAUCAAACUGUGGUAAAAUAUUUCAUUUAGAAGUGUGUUCAAGAGAUUUUGCCAGUGAAGUAAGCAACGUAUUGAAUAAGGGCCAUCCAAAAGUUUGUGAAAAGCUGAAAGCCCUCAUGGUGGAAUGGACUGAUGAAUUCAAGAAUGACCCACAGCUUAGUCUAAUAUCUGCUAUGAUAAAAAAUCUUAAGGAACAAGGUGUUACUUUCCCAGCUAUUGGUUCACAGGCUGCAGAACAAGCAAAGGCAAGUCCAGCUCUAGUAGCCAAAGAUCCUGGUACAGUAGCUAAUAAAAAAGAGGAGGAAGAUUUAGCAAAGGCCAUUGAAUUAUCACUAAAAGAACAAAGGCAACAACAAACAACACUUUCCAGUUUGUAUCCGAGCACUUCAGGUCUCCUAACAAAUCACAAACAUGAGGGCCGGAAAGUUCGUGCUAUCUAUGACUUUGAGGCUGCUGAAGAUAAUGAAUUAACAUUUAAAGCUGGAGAACUUAUAACUAUACUUGAUGACAGUGAUCCAAAUUGGUGGAAAGGUGAAACACAUCAAGGGAUAGGUUUAUUUCCUUCUAAUUUUGUAACAGCUGACCUUACUGUGGCGCCAGAGAUGGUGAAAGCUGAGAAGAAAACAGUACAAUUUAGUGAUGAAGUUCAAGUAGAGACAAUAGAACCUGAACCUGAACCAGUUUAUAUUGAUGAAGAUAAAAUGGACCAACUUUUACAGAUGUUACAAAGUGCAGAUCCAACUGAUGAUCAGCCAGACCUCCCAGAGCUACUUCAUCUUGAAACAACAUGCCACCAAAUGGGUCCUCUUAUUGACGAGAAGCUGGAAGAUAUUGACAGGAAACAUUCAGAACUAUCGGAGCUCAAUGUUAAGGUCAUGGAGGCCCUUUCGUUGUACACUAAGUUGAUGAAUGAAGACCCAAUGUAUUCCAUGUAUGCAAAACUACAAAACCAACAAUACUAUGUACAGCCAUCUGGUGUUUCUGGUUCUCAGGCUUAUCCAGGACAACCUGCAAGUAAUGCAUAUCUGGUGACGGGGAGUGCACAGAUGAGCCACAUUCAAGGCUAUAAUCUUCCUCCAGAGCAACUUCCUUCUCUUAACCAAGGCACAGUUCCUCUGUCUACAAGCUCAGGACUACCUAGUCAGCCUGCUCAAGCAUCUUACACAAAUACAAUGGUUGGCUCUGUUGCUGGAGGUACCUAUUCCAACCAGACAUCAGUGUACAGUCCACCUCCUGCUGCUGUUGAUGUCGCUGCUUAUCCAAAUACUGGGACAAAUAUGUCCCAGGUGCCAAACUAUAACUUAGCAUCUUCAACUCUGCCACAGUCAGCAGGGAGUCAGCAACCACCACCUCAGCAACCACAACCGCAACCACCGCCACAGCAUACUUACUCCCAGAAGGCACUACUAUAGGAUCCAGGACUUCUGAUUCCUAAUCUUCUUCUAACGCCUGCUAAAAGCAGUUGACAUUGUUAUGAGUUUCUUCCCUUAAUCUCUUAAACUUUGUUUAUCCUCAGCUUAUUAGGAAUCUAUCUUGGUGACGAGUUCAAUUUGCACUGACUUUUUAGGAUUUUUUUUUUUUUAAUUUCGCAGAGGAAUGAAAAUAUCUAGGACAUUUAAUUCCUUUUUAAAACAUCUAAAAUUGGUACAGGAUUAUUUAUGUCUGGUAAAAUUGGCUAGUCUGUGAACACUCAACUUGCAAACUGUUGUGGCAUCUGUUAUUGUACAUAUAGUGUGAUUGCAAUAGUGGCCAUUUUGAAUAGCUAUAGUGAUCAUGUGAAUAUAUUUAACAGUGUUAAAAAAUAAUUUACAUUACUAUUUUAUUUUAAUCAUGUUUCAUAGUUUUACCUAGUUUUAUGAAGGAUGUGAUAUCCUUUUGCAAUAUCUUCAUAUCACUGUUACACUUACAAGCUGAAGUCUUUCAUUUUCCAAUCUUACUGGAGUCUAGUUUUCUUCAAUUGUGCAUUGAACAUAAGUGUAACAUGACUAUUAGCUAGCUUUAUCUACCAAAGUAAACUAGUUAACAUUUUAAACUAUCUGGGGAGGUAACAGCAAAUGAUUCUGCUUUAGAUUUAUAAUAAUUUAAAACAAUUAUGUACAGGCUGCUACACAUAUCAUGGGACCAUAAUACAGAUCAGUAUCUUAAGAUUUAAGAGUACAUCAUUUAUUUUUUCCAUGCUGGCUUUGGGUAACUUGGAUUCUGACCUGUAUCCUAUGUGCAUUGGUGGAGAUAACAUCAAAGACAGAUAAAACAAGUUUGGAGGGGAAUGAAUGGAGUUUUUAAACUGGAACACAAAACACUGCUUACACUACAUCAUUCUGGUCUCUUGCAGUUAUUUAGGACAUUAAAAGUUGUGGACAAGAAAAUGACUCAGCUCAACAAAUUUCAGGACUUUAUUUUGACUCUGGUGGCCUUGUGUAGCAAAUGGUUUUGUUUACUAUUCUUAAACUAAACUCUUCUGCCUUAAGCAAGCAUCUCCUGCCUUUUUUCUAAUUUUAAGUUGUUGGGUUCUUUCCAUUUUUAACCCUUCCAUUAAAAAAAAUAGUUUCUCAUUUCCCUUAAUCAGGCCUAUUCAUAAUUGUCAGUCUUUUUUCCGUUAGUCUCUCUUUCAUUAGUCCCUUGUUCUGGUUACCCUUGAUCUACUUUCUAGCACAUGAGACUUAAUGUAUGCAAUUUAAAUAUAAAAAAGGUAACAAUAACUGAAGGCAGCUUUUUAGAUAUGAUCAAUGCAUCUUUUACAAGUCAUUUCUACUUUUGAUUUUAUAUUAUAUUUCUUUUGAUGAAUCCCAGCAUUCUUUGCCUUGUUUUAAUGGAACCUAUUUCUGUAAUAUACAUGGCGCUAUAGAUGUAAUUGUUUAAUUUAAUAUGUAUUUUCUAUUUCAAUGUGUAGGUUCUCUAGAUUGUCAUGUGUCUCGUGUACACUAUACUACUCUACCAUGACUGUCUAGUACUCCCUCUGAAUCUGUUUCUGUUCUUAUAUUCAUCAUGUCAUUGAUUUCACUGUUAUGUGCAAAUAUCUUGGCUAUGACUGUCACCCACGUCAUUUUCAUAAAUACUAAAUAAGAGUGGUUACAAAACUUGCCCUUUGGUGUUCCAGCUGAUGAUGGUGGUUUCAGCUAAUGGAGCUAGUGUUUUUAACUCUAGCACGUUUCUCUUAUUUUCUUACCAAGACUUUGAUUAUUCCCAUAAGCCUUAACUACUUGAUAUAGCCAUAGAAUGUAAGGAGGAACAAUAAAAUAAUAGCUUAGGAGCUUUGCAUUGGAUAUUAGUUUUUAACACCUUGGAGCGGUUCUUAUUUUUAAGAAGUAGAAGUGAGGAAAAUGAUGCUGUGGUCUGUGCAUGUUUGUUGGACAUCUUCAAAAGGGGAACAAUGAUGGGUUUGGAGAGAAGAAUAGUUUCUUCCUCCCCCUCUGCCUCCCCCCC